AUGUCUGAAUCUUUGGUUUCUCAGGAAGAGAAUGAUAAGCUCAGGAAGAAAGAAAGGGAGAUAGAAUCUAAGAACCUUGCAGAUGCAGAUAUAGCAGUGAUGAAGGAGAAGUUACGCAUAGAGCAUGACCACACCAUUGGCAUGAUUCAACAGGCGGUUGAGCAUGCACUAAAACAGAGCGCAGCAACACAUGAACGAGAGAUGCGUGAGCUGAAAGAGAUACUUCAGCAGGGCCAACAAGGCCGGCAGCGCCAACAGAUCCAGAGCCUACUUCCCUUCCCUCGACGAAGUUUACAGGUAGAAUGCAACAUUAUGUGA